AUGGAGGAUAUUGGGUUGUUCAAUCAAGGAUGGAAAUGGUUGCAAUCAAAGGAUUGUUAUUGCGUAGCAAGUACAGCUGCAAGCUGUUCGAGGGACAAGAUGGGGAUAUUUAUGGAGCGACAUUGGCCUAUGGUUUGCUGUGGCUAUGCAAGAUUUAGGAGAGGUCUGCUGUUUUUGUUGGUUUAUUGGAAGAAUUGUUUUGUUAUAGGCUUCCAGUCGUUUAUUAGGCUGGGUUCGGCAUCUCUGCUUGUCAUUGUGUGGAGUUUCUUUCUCAGCUUAACAUCAAUGUCUGGUAUUCUGUAUGUGGUUCUUAGUAUGGAUCUGCUUUUGUAUUAUAUGAUGUUGCCUAGACUUGAUUAG